CUUUGUUGCCUUGCGCGUGACAGUUCGAUCCGCGUGUCCAAGCGAGGUGUAUGUAGACGCAACACGCAAACCCUGGGAGCGAAUUUCUGUGAGUCACCUGAAUAAAAUUGGUGCUCAGAGCGGUUUUGCUGGCCAGGGCACAAAUCUUACGCAGGCAGCCUACAGAAAUUAGGUCUCAGGACCCCACAUCCGAGAACUUCUCGGAUGGGGCUUCACAUCCGAGGAGUUCCCGGACGUAGACUCACAUCUAAGAACUCCUCGUGUGUCAGCUGCAGCCAGGCCACACCACCACCAGCAGGCGCACCACAGACAACGCUGCAGCCACAGACCGUCGAAGUCGUUAUUGAUCGCGUCCUUGUUUGCUCGAUUGGAGUCGAACUUCCGGACUUUCGUAUGCGGUAUGCCGUGAUUUAUUACAUUUUGAAUUCAUUAUUUAUGAAUUUCUUUUUUUUUGUAGAGAAGAGACAAGAGGUAGAGGCAUACCUGCAAAAAUUAAAGUUGCUGGUGCUGUAGUACGGGUAUGUACUGCAUUCACUGACAAUAUCGGGGCGAGAGAUUGUAUUUAAACAACGUAGACUCACUAUCACUACCUAGGUAGUAGAACUACUUAUCUUUGUCCUCUUCCUCUACCAAACAGACAUGUCGGGGAGUGACGAAAAUUAUCUGUCGG